AAUCUACAGUUAUAUUGGGGGAAAUAAAGAGGGCGUCUUUGGGUGCAGAUGUUCUUGAUAAGAUUAUUCCUAAUGAUGGUCGAUAUGACUAAUGCCGGGUUGAAUUUCCGCAUGAGACAUUGAUGGCUGGAACACUUAGAUAUCGUAAUGCCAGACUAAGCAAAUGAUGCCAAUUGUCUAAUCAACUAAAAUCGAAGCUCUCAUCAAUGACUAAACUAUCUUUUUCAUCUACUUAUAUCAAUAAAAGGGAACAUGACUAAUUUUAAUUUAAUAAGUACCGAGAAACUUAUCUGGAAAUGCGGUGGAAACGAUGCGGAAUGAUACCUGUAAUCUUUUAAUCGUCAAAAGACUGACAUAUAAAUACUAAAGUCUAUUCAAUGCAAAUUUCAAUUCAUGUUAGUUUUUUGUAAUGAACAAGUGUUUGUAACACCACAUCCAACAUAGUGAAAAACGUCUUCAAAGUUUAUUCCAGUUUACAGAAUGGCCGCAAUUACUUCGACAGAGGUUUGGGAAAUUGUUAAACUUCUGAGAAUCGAUGUUUUUUACUUUUUGGCCACUUUAAGUACUUUAUUACCUGAAAUUGCUCUCAAUCAACUGAUUCAGGAUAAAUAUUGCAUCAACAAAUAUUCACUCAAUGAAAGUGUCUGUUUAAAUUUGGAAACUGCUGGACCAGCCUAUGAUAGAGUCAGGAAUGAUGUCUUGAAAGACACUACAACACUUAAAAUGCAUUUUACUCUAAUGACAACAAUACCAGCGAUCAUUUUGUCGCUCAUUUUGGGCUAUUGGAUGGAUAAAUAUCCUGGUCAUCUACGAUAUCUUGCUGGUGUAGCAUCUCUAGCAGUCAUCUGUCAAAACGUCAUGAUUAUAAUUCAAUGUUUACAUUUUGAAAUGGACGCUGAUUCAUUAUUAUGGACAUAUUUGGUUCCAGUUUUUACUGGAAGCUCAAUCAUCAUCUCAAUAGGAACCUUUACUUAUGCAACAAGAAAGACACCAGCAAAAUUUCGAGCUGUGAGGUUUACAAUAAUCGAGAUUUGCUUAUUCGCAGCUAUGCCUAUUGCAAGCCUUUUGGGUGGAGGUUUACUUGCGUCUAAACCCUGGUUUCCAAACCAGCAUCGUAACUACAUUGGAGUUUAUAUCAUUUCAUCUGUAUCCGCGGCUAUUGCCGCUAUUUGGGUUGUGUUGUUAUUAUAUGACGCUGCUGACGAGGAGGUUAAAACAAAUGAAUCUCAACCAAAGGGUGAUGCUUCGAGUUGUGAAAAGACGAAAACAAUGAAACAAAUAAUUUAUGAUAUAAUUAAACCAGACAACAUUGUCCAUGCAAGUCGAACAGUUUUCAAAAGAAGACCAAAUAAUGCUCAUUGGUAUUUGAUAUCAACAAUACUGGCUGGAAUUAUAUCAAACAUUUGUAACUCCAGUGAACAAUACAUAGGUUACCAGUUUAGCCAGAAAGUUUAUCAUUGGAGUGCUAAACAGAUUGGAACUUACAAUUCCAUUAUCGUUAUUUUUCCUGCUUUAGGUGCUCUUAUUGGUCCUCCAUUAUUCAUUCACAAAAUGAACCUUCAUGAUACUUCAUUGUCGAUAAUUGCUUUAGUUUCAAUAAUGUUGAGUUUCCUCGUCAAAGGUUUUAUCCUUAAUCCGAUAGUUUACUUCUUCGGCAUAUUUGGCUGUUUCGCUAGUGUCAUAUUUGUUGCCGAUCGAUCAAUCAUUUCACGAAUGAUUCAUAAAGACGAGAUUGGUCAAGUUUACGCAUUUUCAUCGGCUAUUGCGGGAUUUGUCCCAACAAUUGCAUCGCUAUUCUACACCAAAGUGUUUACAGCAACAUUGGACUACAAUCCUGGUCUUGUUUAUAUAAUUACUGGACUAUUAUUCAUUAUUCCUUUAUCUAACUCUAUUUUGCUCAAUAUUAAAAAGCAAAAAUGGGAUCUGGUUUUGAUUGCUGAAAAGGAAAAGGAAACUCAAGAAAUCAAAGUUGAACUUAAAUCAUAACGAAAUUAAUUCACUUAAUACUCCUCUUACAUUGUUAAUAACAUAAUUUCAAUGCAAAUCAAAUUUUCACCAUUAGUGAAAAAGACAUCUCUUAACUGUUAAUAGUAUGUAAUACAGAAAUAAUACUUUAAAAACAUUUGUAUGAUCUCGACUGAAUAAAAUUCA